GUUGUUAGUUACGUCGUAUAGAAACUAGAUAUAUCCAAAUGAGUAAUAUCUCUCCAACGCUUUUGCUUGGUGGCGGUAGCAAAUGAGUGAUGAUCAGCUAAAAAAGCUAACGGCUUUUCUCCACCUGAGCUCCUGCGAUUAGAGUGUUUUCUUCUUCUUUUUUGGCAGAGUUAUGGGUUCUAUUCAUCUCUACAGCUCCUCUUUGGCUCCCUCUCAUUUACGAAGGUACACUGGUCUGCAAUGUGUGUGUACUGAUCUGGUCUCUAGUAAUCCAACAAGGAAAUUGUGCUUUAAAUUCAGAGGUGUUGGUAGAGCCAGGGCCACACUUAUAUCUGGAGAAGGUGAUCUUCUCUCUUACCCCAACAAUAACAGAGUUUCAGGGCAAGAUAUCUUUAUUGCUGGAAAGUUGAAUCAACCAACUGGUAUUGAGUUACAACCUGAUGCAAUAGGUUUUGGAACUCUUUCUGCUGAAAUAACUCCCACUACAACUGCUUUCUUUCCUGAUGAUGAUGAGUAUGACCUUGAUCAUCCCACGAAUGGGUUUUCUUCCAUACCUGAGGCCAUUGAAGAUAUUCGUCAAGGCAAGUUAGUAAUUGUAGUUGACGAUGAAGACAGAGAAAAUGAGGGAGACCUGAUAAUGGCAGCAUCAAAGGCAACACCUGAAGCCAUGGCAUUUAUUGUCAAGCAUGGAACUGGGAUAGUGUGUGUGAGCAUGAAAGGAGAAGAUUUGGAGAGAUUGGAACUUCCUCUAAUGGUAACACAGAAGGAGAAUGAGGAAAAGCUCUGCACAGCAUUCACUGUAUCUGUGGAUGCAAAACAUGGCACAACAACAGGUGUUUCAGCUCAUGACAGGGCAACAACGGUUUUGGCUCUUGCCUCUAAAAAUUCAAAACCUGAAGAUUUCAAUCGCCCCGGUCAUAUUUUCCCCCUUAAGUACAGGGAGGGCGGGGUUUUAAAAAGAGCUGGGCAUACUGAAGCUUCUGUCGAUCUUGCAAUGCUGGCCGGGUUAGAGCCUGCUGCUGUUUUAUGUGAGAUUGUGGAUGACGAUGGCUCUAUGGCAAGAUUACCAAGGCUUCGCCAAUUUGCACAAGCUGAAAACUUAAAAAUCAUUUCUAUAGCUGAUCUAAUCAGAUAUAGGAGGAAAAGAGAUAGAUUGGUGGAGCUGGCUGCUGCUGCUCCAAUACCCACAAUGUGGGGCCCAUUCAAAGCCUACUGUUACAGGUCAUUGCUGGAUGGAAUAGAGCAUAUAGCAAUGGUUAAAGGUGAAAUUGGGGAUGGCAAAGAUAUCCUUGUGAGGGUACAUUCUGAGUGUCUCACUGGUGACAUAUUUGGAUCAGCGAGAUGUGAUUGUGGAAGUCAGCUAGCUCUUGCAAUGAAGCAAAUUGAGGCAGCUGGCAAGGGUGUAUUGAUUUACCUCCGUGGACAUGAAGGUAGGGGGAUUGGUUUGGGCCACAAGCUUCGUGCUUACAACCUGCAGGAUGAUGGACGCGACACAGUGGAAGCCAAUGAAGAGCUGGGUUUACCUGUUGAUUCUCGCGAAUACGGCAUUGGCGCACAGAUACUGAGAGACCUGGGUGUCCAUACAAUGAGGCUGAUGACAAAUAACCCUGCAAAAUAUGUUGGGCUCAAAGGUUAUGGCCUGGCAAUUGCAGGCAGGGUCCCAUUGUUGACUCCAACAACUAUGGAGAACAGAAGAUAUUUGGAGACUAAAUGCCAAAAAAUGGGGCACAUCUAUGGUUCAGUUUCAUAAAAUGUUCUUCUUAGUGAAACUAAUAAUUCAACCAUCAGCGCUCCAUCGGACGUCACAUUAUGCGACGCAGUAAUCACCUCAAGCAGCUAUUGUAAAAUGGAACGUUGACAUAACCUUUGAAAUUCAAGUAGGAAAUUCAAGUUUUGUUUGCAUAUAAAUUUAAAUUAAGAAACCACAUUCUUUGUUAUUUAGACGCAGACCUUCGCUUAAAGGGUAAAGAGUAUUUCUUUCUUGCAAGAAA